GUGCAAGGGCACGGAGUAGCAGGAGCAUGGCGUCUCUAUAUAUGUGGAUACUCUCAGCUGCACGAUUAGGGUAAAUGCUACUGGUUCCUGUUCAUCGCAAUAUGACUGCCCCGCGGAACCACGAGCUGAGCAAGUCUUGCGGUGGCGCCGAUGGGAACAGCUACCAGAUUCCUAACGAUAUUGUGUGCGCCAAGACAAGGAUCCACAAUGACCACAUGGACCAGGUCUCGGUGUUGAAAGCCAUUAUGGAGAUCAAACAUAAAUUCAGUGAAAACAUGCCACUCCUCGCUGACAAGCUUGACAUGUUAGUAAAGAGCAAAGAUGCAGAAAUACAGGCUUUAAAGGACACGAUAAGCCGAGGAGAGGACACCAACCGAAUCCUCAACGAACAGUUGUAUGCAUACCGGGUGAAUGAACAGAAGAUGAGGUACGAAAUUAAGCUGCAGAAGAAUGAAAACAAAGAACUGGGGAUAAAAGUGAUGAAAUAUCAGUCGGAAAUCGCCGCCAUGACUGAACAUUUCCGCAAAUUAGACGUCAUGACAGGCAAGGUAGACCUUGUGCUCCAGAGAACAAAACCUUCCUCCUCUGCAGUUGUCUCCCUUAACAACAUUGGAACUAAAACAGGGGGAGCACAAGGCAGUGAAAACUGUUUCACUCCUGAAACGACAUCUGUCGGACAAAGUGUAACUCACAUUACCCGUCCUCAAGAUUGUCCACGUCAAAAUGAUGGUAGACAUUCACGGACACAAAAGCUCCCAGUUGCUGAUAUACCUUCGCGUAAUGAUACUCAUGCUUUUCAAUUUGGGAGCGUAGAAAGUCACCACUUUCACGCAAAAGAAAGUAAGCCGGCUAUAAAAGAACCAAAUCGAGAUGGACAGGAGAACAUAAAAACGGAACAGUAUGUGUUGUCCCGUGUGGGAGGACAAGCAAGCUUUGACGUUGUAAGUACAGCUGUGGCGAGAUAUGCCGCCAGCAGGGGUGUACGGUUGAUACAUGUACGUCACAUGAGGACAUGGCGGUGUAAGGCCGGACAAUGUACGUACACAAUGCUGGUGGAUAUAGCACGUGACGACUCCCAAAAAGUACUGGCCAGAUUCUGGCCAGAGGGUGUGUUUUGUAGAUUGUAUGUCUCUGAGGCUAAAAUGAAAAGCAAGAACGAGAACAGGUCAGGAGACGGGGAUAAAAAACAGCAAGCAGUAACUUCAACGUAAACGUUCAUAGGAUCCUGUCAGGCAUAAGGGAUACAACUCUUCACAGUGUAUUAAGGUCCCUUAACUAUUGGGCCGUCCGUACUCAUAAAAUACCAAAUGUAAUACGUUGUUAGCUUUGACUGACUUCAUAAUCUAUUGAAUUGUGUUCCAUUUAUCUCUAGUGUUUCAUUAUCUCUUGGUGUCAGUUUUGUAUAUACUUCUAUGUCUUGCGCUUUGAGCAUGUUGUACAUGGAAAAUAGCGCAUUACAAGCAUGCUAUUAUUAUUGUGAUAUGCAAUGUUUGUCUGUGUGGCGUCAGGUACCAAAUAAAUACUUA